UAGAGAGGACAAGCACUUUCCUUGCUGAGGUCCGGAAAGUUCACAAAGAUGAAGGACAUGGCACAGCCUGCGGAGAACAUUUAUAAUCUCAUCACCAAAGAAGAGGUUAAAAUUAAAAAAGCGCACAGAUACACCUCCACCUUCAGGGACUCGGUUAAGCUGGAGGAGCAGAAGAAUAAAGUUGCACAUAAGACCAUGGGACCAGCAAAAGUAGAAGUCCCAUCACCAAAGGAAUACUUGCAGAAACACACAAGAGAGGCCAUACUGACCCAAAAAAGUGCUUUACUUGACUCCACAGGAAGACCACCGAGAUGCCUUGCAGAAGACAAGAAGCGGCCCCCAGUUCCAACAAGAAUAGAGCAGCCAAUCCUGGGCGUGCAAACUAACAAAAGUUUCAUCAAAACUAAUGUAGCUGAAGCUGUCAUGGCUGUUCCUAAAAAGCCACAGCCCAUCUAUGUGGACACCAAAAAAGGGGACAAGCAUCUCCUUGAAACCUCAGGACUUGUUCCUAAAUACAUCAAAAGGAAGGAUUUUGGCUCUACUCCCGAAUACUUGGUGAAAAGGAACGAGGAAGUGAGACAAGCCCAGGAAGAAUAUGAUGCUUAUGUGAAAGAACGUAUAAAAAUGGGUGCUAUGAAACAACUGUAUGAAGAAGAGAGACAGAAUGUGUUAGAGGGACUGAAGAAAAACUGGGAUGAGCUUCACCAUAAGUAUCAGGGCCUCUCCGUUGUGAUCGACACACCGGCCAAAAAGGCUUACAAACAGAGACUGGAAGUGGAAAUGAGACAGCUGGAGCGAGAUAUUGAUGUCAUCGAAAGACACAAGAUUAUCUACAUAGCAAAUAACUAGAGAUCACCUUUCACACAACACGUAGCAGAGAACCAGCUUUCAUUAAAGAUUUAGUCAUUUAUAUAUUU